CCGUGUCUCUUUCGUCGUCACCAUCAUCUAGUUGGGCGCUCAAACUCGGCCAGUCUGGUACGCCUCGGAGCUGCGGAAGGACUAAUGCUCAAGGACACCGCGGCGGACUUUGUUCUUAGCUCACCGACGCGCUCCCCGAAGCUAACCAACUGGACAGAACUACCGCGAGGUCCUGCUUUUGAAUCCAAAUUCUAUUUGGCCUGCCUGAAUCCUUCAGAGAUCACCUGCAGCACCAUUCCAUCUUCCACCGUCUUCCUUCUGAGCAGACAUGCCUCCACCAUUAGGAGGCCCUGCAGGAUACACCCCUCCUGAGGGGGGCUGGGGUUGGGCAGUGGUAGUGGGGGCCUUCAUCUCCAUUGGCUUCUCCUACGCUUUCCCCAAAUCUAUAACGGUCUUCUUCAAAGACAUCGAGGUGAUCUUUGACGCCACGCCCAGCCAGGUGUCAUGGAUCUCAUCCAUCAUGUUGGCUGUCAUGUAUGCAGGAGGUCCAAUCAGCAGCAUCCUGGUAAACAGGUUUGGCAGUCGACCAAUCAUGUUCCUGGGUGGCUGUCUGGCAGGGUCAGGAUUGGUGGCCGCCUCCUUCUGCAACACUGUGCCGCAGCUCUACUUCUUCAUUGGCGUUGUGGGAGGUUUGGGAUUGGCGUUCAACUUGAAUCCUGCCCUGACUAUGAUCGGGAAGUACUUCUACAUGCGCCGGCCCAUCGCCAACGGCAUCGCCAUGGCCGGCAGCCCCGUCUUCCUGUCCACCCUGGCUCCCCUCAACUCAUGGCUCUAUGACGAGUUCGGCUGGAGGGGCAGCUUCCUCAUCCUGGGCGGUCUUCUGCUCAAUUGCUGCGUGGCGGGAUCGCUCAUGCGGCCCAUCGGACCCAAACCUCAGUCCGCCAAGCCUAACGCCGAUGUAGGAGCCGCCGGUGACUCUGUACAGGCGCAGCCCAAGAAGACGGUCCUGCAGACCAUCAACUCCUUUAUCGACCUGACGCUGUUCAAACAUCGCGGCUUCCUGCUGUAUCUGAUGGGCAACGUGGUCAUGUUCUUCGGCCUCUUCGCUCCGCUCGUCUUCCUCUCCAACUUUGCUAAGAGCAAAGACAUCAGCAAGGAGAAGGCGGCUUUGCUGCUGUCAAUUCUGGCGUUCGUGGACAUGUUCGCCCGGCCCUCCAUGGGCCUGCUGGCUAACACCAAGUGGGUCCGACCCAGAGUGCAAUACUUCUUUGCCGGCGCCGUCCUCUACAACGGCGUGUGCCACGUGCUGGCGCCCCUUUCCACCGACUACACAGGAUUUGUGGUGUACGCCAUCUUUUUUGGCUUUGCCUUCGGCUGGCUGAGCUCCGUGCUGUUCGAGACUCUGAUGGACCUGGUUGGGGCGCAGAGAUUCUCCUCAGCCGUGGGCCUGGUCACCAUCGUGGAGUGUGCACCUGUGCUGCUGGGUCCGCCGCUAACAGGAAGCUUCUACAACUACUACAACCACUACGACUACACCUACAUCUCCUCUGGCAUCAUCCUCAUCAUCGCCAGCAUCAUCCUCUUCGUGGGAAUGGGUAUCAACUACAAACUGCUGGACCGAGAGAAAAAGGCUUCGGAAGCCAAUAAGGAGCCCAAGGAGGAGCGCGCCACCAUGCUGGCGCCUGCAAAGGAAAACGAUGCCGUCAAGGUAGAGGAGGAUUCCAAGAUGGACGAGAACACGGUUUAGGACAAGAAGACCGACUAAUAGAGCACCACACUAACAUCUUAGUUUGUUUGUUUUUCAAUUGAUGUGCCUAUGGGCAGCGAACACCCGCCUGCCAACACAGCUUCUAGUUGCUAAUCCAGUCACUUGAUGAGGUUGGUACUCUCAGGGUCUCCAGUUGCCAUAAGGCACCACACACACAUUCUUACCCCUCACUCCUUUGAGGGCUGGACAUUGCUAAUAGCACACAUUUGUUGUCCAUGUCAUUUAUGCACAAGAACAAAAGGAGGAAUGCACUGAUUGUACAAUUGAACAAAUUCAGUCUAAUACAUGAUAAAAAUGCACAGUAGUGUACAUUCAAUAAUCACUUGAAGGAAAGAUUAGUGUAGCUCAUCAGCGUUAAGGCCACUUUAUUGUGGUGCACCGUGUAGUUGUCGCAACUUGUCGAUCAAAAUAGAAACUAAAAACGAUAUGGAUGAGACCACUCAGUAUUAAAUGACGCAAUGAGCACAGUGUGUGUGUGUGUGUGUGUGUGUGUGUGUGUGUGUGUGUGUGUGUGUGUGUGUGCGUGCGUGCGUGCGUGCGUGCGUGUUUGUGUGUGUGCGUGUGUGUGUGUGUGUGUGUGUGUGUGUGCGUGUGUGUGUGUGUGUGUGAGUGUGUGUUGCACACCCAACCAGCUGUGCUGCCAAAAUAGAACUUUAACUCUCCCUUCUAUCACAGAAACAUAUAUUUUUGCAGUUUUUACAUGUUAGACAUCAGUGAAGUGUGAACAGUGGUAAGUUAGUAUUAGUUUAAUGUAUGUUGACAAUCUGAGUUAAAAUGUGGGAUCAAGGUGUGCGUGUGCGUGUGUGUGUGUGUGCGCGCGCGUGUGUGUUUUCGAACAUUUCAUGCAGUGUACCACUGCACAAUGUGUGCUCUCAUCACAGUUUGAAAGGCUGUAGCAGAUGUUUUGUUGUUUAAGUAUGAAGUACACAACUUCAAAGGAGAGGUUUACCAGCACAUUGUCUAUUUUUUUAUUGCCAUAAACCACAGUUUUAAUCCUCUUAAAACUCAUGCACGUAUUUUUUUAAUGACACAUGCCCCUGCUGUCUUAGGAAAUUAUGUUUUAGAGUCCUGUCUGCUAUUGCAAAGACUAAAACUAGCAAGUGUUUUUCGAUUUUAAGCACAUACAAAAUAUAUUAUUAUUCAACUGUAAUGCUGUAUUAACAAUGUUAUGAUCUUAUUGCUUCAACACUUGUAACAUUAGACGUUUUCAUUUUUUUUCUUUGCUCCUCCUGUACGUUGUGGUGUAACACUACCCUCUAGUGGACAUAUGCCUCAAUGUCUAUCCCUGUUUAAUUAUGAACCAACACUAAACAAGUAAAGCAAAAUGUCACUUAAGUCAAAAAACAUGUGAAAGGUGCAUCCCCUGCUAUUCUUAUAGCAUUCUUAUUCAUUCACAGUAUUUUGAUUUUCAGACAAAAUUCAAGAGGGGGAGAAGACUUAAAUGGGAAGAAAACAUUUUAAUUGUACAAUUUGAAUGUUUCGAUGUCUUUGCUUGAGUUGUGUCAAAAUAAAGAAAGUUUUUUUGGCAAUAAGCUAUGCUAUACAGACGUGGGAGACUUCAUGACAAGUGACGGAAGGAAUUAUUAAAGGUUUCUAAAAUAAAGUGUACAUUUAUUCUCUUCUGUCCAGGUUGUAGAAAAAAAACGAA